AUGUUUGACCAUGAAUCGGACAAGGUGCGGGCGUCUGGCUUCUCGCUCGAUGCCUAUGGUACUAUGAGUCAACAUGACUUCUUUUCCUCAGGAUACGAUUCGGGGUCCAUCGCCCCAUCCCAGCUCGCUCGGGUGCCUGACGAUAUGCAUCGGAUGGAUGCGCACACGAUGGAUUGGACGCCAACCCCAACCGGCCACGGCUCUCAUUUUCGCAACCAAAAUACGUUUCACGACCAAGGGGACUUGAUCGACUUUGACGAGAUCGCUCCAGCACAGCCUCAAGGAAGCGGUGUAGGACGCUUGGUCGCCCAGUUCGAACACAAGGACUAUGUGCCCCCUCUACCGCCGAGGCCCAUCAUCAAUACCGCCCAGAGUCCUGCUGAAACAGACCCAUCAUUAACAAACUCAUCCUUCUCCUCAUAUUUUAGUAGUUUGACCAGUUCAGCACACGCCAACCAAGGACCGAGCCCUGUCGGCAGCCCGGUGGACUCACACUAUGGCUCUUUUGGCGACGUACUCUCGAGAAUGACAAGCCCACAUGAUAUCAACAGCAUGGAGUCAAGUUCGCCGCUUCUGACGUUUGGCAUAUUCCCACAUGCGCGGCUUGCGAGUCCUCAUAUCAGCGCCGUUCGGUCCCACGUUGGGCCAGCCAUGUCACAGUUUUCCGAGGAGAGAACACGGACUCCCAUUGGUGGCGAGCUUACAACUGUACCGAACCCCGACAGCAUGGAUACCGAUUCCAACAUGUUUGGCGACGUCGAGCGCAACAUUCUGACUUUCCUCAAGCCGGACAUUGAUAGUAAUAAUCGCCAGCAAAACCUGCAACCAACGCGGCAGGCCCCCCAACAGAUGCAGCAUGACGCUCCUCAAGCACCUCAGCAGUUCAGCUUUGCGACCGUACAACAAGUUCAACAACAGCUCAGCCGACAAUUGAGCAGGAAACACGCUGCAACUCCACCAAACCAAUCAAGUCAACCAACUCAGCUUUUUCAGCCGACGCAGCUCAACCAGCAAACGCAGUCGACGCAACCGAGUCAACCGACACCACCGAUCCAAACCAGCCAGCCAAUCGAGCCAACGCAGCAGCUUACCCGCCGACUCAGCAGCCAAAGCAGAGAACAGUCGACGCAACCGCAGAAGAAGCCGUUCCAAGGCACUUUUGGGAGCUCAACAACAUCGGGAACCCCAGGCUUUUCCAUCUGGCGCCCCCCGUCGUCUCCUAACAUCAAACACGAACCCUCUCCCGAAAGUCCCGGGAUGUUCACAAAGAGUCUGCUUGAAAAGCCGCCUGUUCCGCCCAAGCCUAGGCCGAUUCAGGAAACACAUCAAAUAACACUGGAUUUCAACUCGCCCGCCAAGAGCAAGGGAAAGGCUCCAGUCAAACCUCCCAAACCUCCUAAGCCGCCUCGCUCGAGACUACAGCCGCCACCCCCGCCAGCCCGUCCUCAAAUUGAUACCCAAUCUCUCGUCACCAGCCCUGGCAGCGAGCCGAUACCACAGACACCUGCGACUCCGGUGACCCCGGCGACUCCUUCCACGACUGCAGAUAUUGCCUCGCCUGGACCUUCGACGCUGAGACAGGCAGUGUCAGCGCUUCGAGGCCACGGUCUGCGUCCAGGUAGAGAAUUGGUUCCUGCCGAAGUCUGGGAACACCAGAAGCCAACAAUUCGCUCGUUGUACUUGGAUGAUCGUAAACCUCUCAAGGAAGUCAUGGCCAUUAUGGCGGAAAAGUACAACUUUCAAGCAACGCCAAAGAUGUACAAGACACGAUUUUCGCAGUGGGGUUUUGUCAAGAACAAUACCGAGGACGAGGUGAAGAGGCUCUUGUCGAUGAAGUUUCAACGCGAUGCAGAGGGCAAGAUUUCCGAAUUCGUUCGUAAUGGCCGGGUGGUGAACCUGGGCACCUAUCUCAAGCGCAAAGGCGUCACCGAGUACGACCUCAUCGACUUUGAACAGCCCAGCGAUCUGCCCGCGCAUAUCCGCUGCCGAACACCAACACCGCCGCCACCGCCGAUUUAUUUCCACACGCCCGAAUUGGUGCGGGCCCAAGAAAUCCUUGUCGGAAACAUCCGGAAAUCUUUUCUGCAGUGCCGCCAGUUCGAGACCGACGUUGGCACACAGGUUGGCUGGACGGUGCUCCAAACGUGGGGUGCGUGGUCUUCGGAGAUUCUUUUGGAGGCCAACUUUUUCUUUGAGGCGUUGGAUACCGACACGGGCGGCCAGAGUCUCAUGCACGCAUUUAAGCAGCUCGAGGAAGAUCUGAAGACGCUUUCGCCGCUAGGAAUAUUCGAGUUGCUCACGGGAAUGGCGAACCGCGACUUGGGCCUCGUCUCGUCGCUCUGCAAGUAUCUUGCUGCCCACUCGACGACCAACUUGGAUCGCAACCAUCCCUUGCGCGUCAUCUUUAACUGCUUGUACGAUGUGCAGCAGACACACGGCGCUGCCAUCCUGUCCGAGCUGCUUUGGGGCUGUUCGCCGCUGUUCGCCAACGAGCUGGAAGCCAUCUACGGAAGACGGCAUCCAUACGUCGUCCGGGCUUGGCUCGAUCUUGCCUACUUUAACAACCACAUCAACUUUGACCGGCUGCAGAAGAUUGCUCUCGAGCUCCGCGUUGUGCAGAAGCAGCUCGAACAAAAGAAUGGCGAGACGGAUCCCGAAGUGCUGAUUGUUCGAUACGCUCUGCUUCAGCUCAUGUACGCGACGGAACCAAAGUCGGACAACACCAAGCAUGCGACGACGGAGCUCUGGGUGACGCUCAAGGGCAUGAAGGUCCUGUGCCGCAUACGCGACUCCAAGGCCAACGCGUACUGCUACCACAGUCCUGUGCGGCUGAGUCCGUGGACGAAGCGUUGUCGUCGGCGGUAUGAUGCGGCUGUGGCCAUUUUCGAGGACCAUCUCGGGGUCAAGAUGCAUCCGUACUUUGAAGAGGACCUCCAUACCUCGCUGCACGAGCUGGAGCCGUCGGAUUCUUGGGCCACCGCGCUCGAGCAGUCGAGCAACAGCACUCGAAUAGGCUACAUCUGA